CUAAACUAUUAAUUAUUAUUUUGUGGUAUCCGUUCAUCCAGAAUAUAAAACGAUAAAGUGUCUAUUUAUUUUGGUGUAAACAAAGAUUCAAAAUAAAUAUUUGUCAAAAAUGGCGGGAAAGGAGCAGUUCGAUGAAUACCUAGGUGGAUCUCAAAAGUUACCGAAAGAAGUACACAUUAAAAAGCUUGUCUCUUCGCGAGCCAGUGAAAUUGCUGCAAUGACGUAUUCUAUUGAAAAUCCUCAACAAACGAAACUUGUAUUUCAAAAGCUUCCGGUGUACAUGCGUAGACGCGUAAUGUCCCAUAACGUGAAGCGUUUACCGCGCAGACUGCGGGAAGCCCAUUUGAAUCAAAUGACUAAAUCCGGUUUACCGCCUAAAAUUAAAAGACCGUCGCGUAGGUAUCGUAGACGACCACGUAAUUUACUUUCGGAAUACAAUCGAAGGCAACGAAACAAAGUUUGGCUGGAGACACACAUUUGGCACGCAAAACGUUUUCAUAUGGUCGAAAAAUGGGGCUACAGAAUCGCGAGUCACGCGAACGACAAAUGUUUUAAAGCCAAUUACCGUGCCGUUGCGAAUCACUGUUUGAUACAGGAUAUUUCUUACUAUACGUCCGUCGAAAUAAAUGGUCCAGAAUCAAUUCUGAUAGAAACUUUAAAAGAUCACUGCAAUCCAUUCGAGUUAACGUUCGCCGCAAAGAUUUUUAUUAGCGGUACUCGAGAAGGAACCCUAAUGUUUUUUAAAAAGAACGGCUAUCCUCGAUUUCCGAUCGGUCAUAUUCACUUCCUGUGGAGGCCAAAUCAUUCUGAUUUAAGGACGAUCUGGAUUUGGGUACAUCCAUCUUUUCUCGACGACUUCGUCGCAGAAAUUACAUCGAGUUUCAAGUUCGAAUCCGACGAUGUAAUUUCCACUGCUACGAGUAAUCAAACCAUAAAAUCCGACUCGUACGUCAACGAGAAAAAUUGUAAAAUGUGUAUUCGUAAGAACGCUUUGAAUCGAUUUCGAUUUUACGGACCAUUAACGAUAAACGUCUUAACGAACGCUUUGCGAUUGCCGAAUUUUGAUGAAAAAUUUUGUUCAAAAACGAACGAUACUAAUGUAACAGGGUUUGAAGAAAAUCAAAUGGAUUGUGAGGAAGAGAUUCAAGGCUCUAAUAAGUCCUGGCAUAUAGAAUAUUAUAAUAAUCAAGAGAAUAUUGAAUCUUUGAAACUUCAAAAACAGCUGUGGCAAAUAUUAAAGACAUUACAGUCUCCUAGUCAAUUACCACCAAAUAUUGUUCUUGGAUUUACAGUCUUAGAUCCAAGGUUUCAUUUACCUGAAAAAAGGGUAAAGCCACUGAGAAAUGUACAGACAGUUAAAGUAAUGCCAGUGCCACCCUCGAAAGCAAAUUCUAGUCCAAUUUGGGAACAAGAGAUAAGACAGAAAAUUACCAAAGCAUGCGUAACAACAAGUGCAAUUAACAAGCUUAGGAGUGAGUGUUUAGUUCCUGGUAUAAAUAAUGACAAAUAUUUUAACGAAGAGAUUAUAACAAAGAUUCCCAUACUCCUAAUCCAAACACCUGGGACUGGUAACACAGGUUUAAGUUCUGCCAUAGAUCUAAUUCUUCCAGCAGGUUGGGCAAUGCCAUUUUGGCUUGCUUGUAUAUUUCGUUGUGUAAGAGUUGGUGCACUUAGAGAAUCAAAAUCUAUUGCAUUUGAAUAUGGACACAUGAAGUCACCAGAGAUCAAUGAUCCAGACACACCUGCUUAUACAAGAGAAGCAUUAGUUACUAAACAAGAAUUAAAAGAAAAAUAUUUUCACUAUCCACCAAAUAGACGUGUAAAUUUUAUAAAACUUGGAAUUUCUAGUCCCUUUUUUUGCGAAUGGAAGAUUUUAAUGAAAGAAUGGACAGAUGUAGAGGACUUUUUUGUAUUAAGGAAUCGUACAUUAUUGCAAACAUUGCAAGAAAAUUUAUCAGUCGACAAAGUUCACAAAAGCAAAUACAAUAAAUCAGAGAGCCAUAUCCCAGAUCUUAACCUAGAGAAUUUAUUUGAAAAUAAAAACUGUUUAGUUCGUGUUAAAUUAUCUGUUUUACAAAAGGGACGUCCUAGAAGAUUUGCAAUAAUAUGUAUGCCAAAAUCUGAAGAUGUAGAAAAAUUUAGAAAUAAUAGAAAUUGGUCAGGACCCGUAGAAAAAAUAAAUCGUGACUUGAAUGAAAUUGUAAGAAAAGCUUCGAGAAAAACGCAUGUAGCUCUUUUAAAACGUUUGAAAAAACAAAGAAUACGUCAUAGAAAUUCAUUAACUAAUAAAAUAGAUCAAAUUUUGACCGAAAGCUUACAAAUUUCGGAUUACCAAAACAAGUCGAAGGAAUUACUAGAAACAAGUCGUGAGGUUAUACGCAAACAAUCUCAAAAGAUGUCACAGUUAUAUCUUCCUGAUUGUGUCAAAGUAAAACAUUCCUGUGACCGAAAGGUUAUGGGAUACAUAACAGAAGGUGAUUUUUCUUUUGCGAAAGCGAAAGGUACAGGUUUAGGAUACGUAACCUUAAAUUCACUACUUGAAUUGGUUAACAACACGUAUACCUUUGUCCUUGUCAGAAAUACUCAAACAAGACAGUAUAGAAUUGCUAAAUUAGAAGUGAUAAAGUAAAUAAAUUA